AGACCCCCAAGGGUCACCCGGAUAAGUUUCGGUUAGUACAGGAUCUUAGAGCAGUGAACGAGGCCACCGUUUUGGAGACACCACUUGUCCCCAAUCCACACACUCUUCUGUCAGGGGUUCCCCCAUCUGCAACGAUUUUCACUGUCAUCGAUUUAGCAAAUGCCUUCUUUAGUGUCCCAUUGGACCCCUCCUGUCAGUACUUGUUUGCAUUCACACAUGCUUCAAAGCAGUAUACCUGGGGUGUUCUCCCUCAAGGCGCCCAGAACUCACCCAACCAGUUCACCAAGGCCAUGUCCCUCAUCCUCUCCAACUGGCCUAACCCCCACCCGGACCUGGUUGUGGUUCUUCAAUAUGUGGAUGACCUGCUCGUCUGUGCCCCCUCUCAGGAAACAGCGGAACAAUCUUCUGUCAGCCUUCUGGUGUACCUGGCUCAACAAGGAUGCAAGGCCUCGAAAGAGAAGUUACAGUGGUGCUCUCCCCGUGUUGUUUUCCUGGGACAUUGCAUAUCUCAUGGCGCGAAGCACAUUACGCAACAGCGCGUUGAAGCCAUCCAAGCCCUUUCACCCCCCAGCAGCGCUAAGGCCCUACAUGCUUUUUUGGGACUGAUUUCUUAUUGCAGAGCCUGGAUACCUGUGGCCUCCCUUCUCAUGCAGCCACUAUAUGACAACCUGCCGUGUGUCCCCUUUGCAUUGUCCGAAGAAGCCCUUACUAACUUUUCCCUUUUGAAAAAGGCGAUCAGCACUGCUCCUGCACUUGGUCUUCCUGACUAUGGAAAGCCCUUUAGGUUGUUUAUUUCUGAGACCCAAGGACACGCUUCAGGGGUGCUGACACAAAGUUAUGGACUCCGUAACCGCCCCAUUGGUUACUAUUCUGCCCGCCUGGACUCUGUCGCUAGAGGAGGCCCAUCUUGUCUCCGAGCUGUUUUUGCUGCCCAGGCCCUAUUGGACAAAACUUCAGAUAUUGUUUUGGGGUAUCCCCUACAGCUGCUUGCCCCUCACGAUAUCUCUGCCAUCUUGAAUCAAGUGCAGCCCAAGCAUAUUUCCUCUGCUCGGCACCUUCGGUUGCAAUGCUCUCUUCUCCUGCCUGACAAUGUCACACUGCUUCGAUGCCAGCAGCUGAACCCCGCUACACUUCUUCCUCUUGUCCAGGGGGGAAAUCGUGAUAUGUCUCUGGACGAACAGGAAGAAGAGAACACAGACUUACCUGCCCCUACCUUGGAUGAAUAUGAACAUGAUUGCUUUGAACUCAUGAAGGCGGAAACCACCCAUCUACCCUCUGUCCUGGAUUCACCGAUCCAAGAUCCUCAACUCACCUUGUAUGUUGAUGGUUCCAGAUUUGCAGAUUCAUUCGGCAACUACCAUACAGGAUAUGCGGUUACCACAGAGACUGUAGUUAUGAAAGCCGCCUCGCUCCCAGCAUCCAUGUCUGCUCAAGAGGCUGAGCUCUAUGCCCUUACAGUAGCCUGCCAGAUUGCAGAAGGACAAACAGCAAACAUCUAUACUGAUUCGCGGUACGCACUGGGCGUUGCCCAAGACUUUGGAGUUAUAUGGAAGACUCGCGGCUUCUUGACUACAGCCGGUACCCCGGUGAAGCAUGGAAGGGCAAUAGAUGCACUGCUGACAGCACUCCAACUCCCUGAACAAGUAGCAAUACUCAAGGUUAAAGCCCAUGGAAAGAGAACCACACCAGAAGCCAGAGGAAACUACCUUGCCGAUGAAACAGCAAAACAAGCAGCCAUGACCCCUCUAGAGGCUCAAACCACAGACUUUGUGGGGAUACACCAUCCACAACCAGAAGCGGUACACACAGACCUACUUAAAAAGACUCAAACAGACGCAGCAGACCAAGAGAAAACUACGUGGAAUAAGAUGGGAGCAGUACGGAUGAAUGACCUUUGGACUGUAGGAACCCGCCCAUGUCUCCCCAGAGCUUUGUACCCAGCUGUGGUACAGUGGGCCCAUGGGCCAACCCAUCUCUCAAAGACUUUGAUGAACUCGCUCAUAAACAAACAUUAUGUAGCUCCAGGAAUUACUACUUUAACUAACCAGUACUGCAAGUCCUGCCACACCUGCCUAGCAUGCAAUCCCGGAAGGUUGGAGAAAACUCCCCCGAAACAUUCAGUCAGACCACUCUACCCCUUCCAGAGAAUACAGAUCGACCACAUACAAAUGCCAAAGAGUGGUAGAUUCGAGUAUGCCCUGGUAGUUGUAGACAUGUUCUCAGGAUGGCCCGAGGCAUAUCCAGUUGCAAAUCAGACAGCGAAAACCACAGCUAAAAAGUUACUUUUGGAGGUGGUUUGCAGAUUUGGGGUACCCGAGGUUAUAGAAAGUGAUCAAGGUCCUGCGUUCACUGCUACUAUUACAAAAGAAAUAUGGAAGGCCCUAGGUACCACGUUAGCAUUUCACACACCUUAUCAUCCUCAGAGUAGUGGGAAGGUGGAAAGAAUGAACCAGACACUUAAAACCCGAAUGUUGAAAAUGGCCAAAGAUACAGGUCUGUCCUGGCCAGAAAGUUUGCCAAUAGCUUUAUUCAGUGUACGGUACUCCCCGAGAGGGAAGUAUUCUUUGUCCCCUUUUGAAAUCUUGUUUGGUACAGCUCCCAGGUUAGGUUGUUACUACCCGCAACAGUUGCAAUUACAGUCUGAUACUUUGGUAGAUUAUGUGACGGCUCUGGCCAAAGAAUUAACUAAUAUCCAUGCACGAGUAUAUUCUUCCAUUCCAGAUCCUGAUUUAGAUACCGGUACUCACAGCAUACUUCCUGGUGAUUGGGUGAUGGUUAAGAAGUUCCUCCUAACACAUUCUCUAGAGCCAAGAUAUGAUGGUCCAUUUCAAGUGUUGCUGACAACAGCUACUUCAGUAAAGUUGGCCGGAAAGAACACUUGGAUACACGCAUCCCAUUGCAAAAAGGCUCCAGUUCCUGAGGAUUGUGACCUACCCGCAUCAGAAUGAAGUUAUAUAUCCUUCUUUUUACAGUGACAGUGGUGUACACACAGGAGGUGGCUAUUAGAAAAACAGAACAGAUAGUGCAAUUCUGGUAUAAUUCAUCAGACACACAUGUGACUACCUUUAUAUUUGAUUACUGUGAUAUAUAUCCUCCAGCUGCGUGGUAUUGGUGUCAUACGAACCGACAGGUGUUUAGUGUCCGCGGAGACAUAUAUCUAUGUGAUGUAACUGAAGAUUGUAAUGAUUGGGGAUCUGUGGGUUGGAAUACAGGUGAUGACUGGGGAAACAGACCACAGCAUGCUCUGAGUAAAAAAGACAAAUAUGGGGAGCCAUUACUUGACAGACUAACCUUGAGAAAAUCAGCUUUAUGGUAUGCUGGUGAGACGGAUUAUAACAUGAAACUUACCCUAACCAUAAGGAAUCCCAGUCCUGGGGAUGCAGGCACAUAUAAUAUGGGGUUACGGUAUAGUGAAGAGGAUAGGAAACCAAUACCAUUACCUGUAGGGGAUAGGGGACCAAUAGUACCGUUCCAACUUAAAGACAUGUAUAAUUCACCUGAAUGGCAGGCCUUACAAGCAUCAAGUGAUCCCCCUGAGGUACAGGUACAUAAAACCACCCUAGGAGAAAUAGAGGCCAUAGCAGAUCCCACAUUCGAAGACACAAUGGCAGCUGAGACUGGUUUCUCGGAUGUUAACUUGUGGCUCGAAUGGAUGAGGUAUAGUGCAUUGAAGCAUAACCGAUCCAAUUGUUACGUAUGCAGUGGAGCUAAACCACAUUUGGGAACAGUACCAUUAAACAUACCUCCUACUCAAGAGGAGUGUUUUCUGAGCCUGUUUACCAACACUACUACUGAUCACUCCCAGUGUGAAACAUGGAAAAAGGAAUACCCAAUAAUAACUCAAACAGCAAGGCCUGGGGAAGGUAUCACUAUAUAUCCCGGUAAUUACACAUGUUAUAGGAAAUACAAGG